AGGCAUUUUGGUGAGACUGGAAGGAUGCAGCCAUCCUGUUGUUAUGAAAGGUUUGUGCGCAGAAUGUGGCCAGGACUUGACUCAGCUACAGAGCAAGAAUGGAAAACAGAAUGUGCCAUUGUCCACAGCAACUGUAUCUAUGGUUCAUAGUGUUCCAGAAUUAAUGGUCAGCUCUGAGCAAGCUGAACAGCUAGGACGGGAAGAUCAACAGCGACUUCACCGAAACCGAAAACUUGUGCUAAUGGUAGAUUUGGACCAGACGUUAAUACAUACGACAGAACAGCACUGCCAACAGAUGUCUAAUAAAGGAAUAUUCCAUUUCCAGUUAGGUCGUGGUGAACCUAUGCUACAUACUCGUUUGCGUCCUCAUUGCAAAGAAUUCCUAGAAAAGAUUGCCAAAAUGUAUGAAUUACAUGUUUUCACCUUUGGUAGCAGACUUUAUGCACAUACAAUUGCAGGAUUUUUGGACCCUGAAAAGAAACUUUUUUCACAUCGGAUACUGUCAAGAGAUGAAUGUAUUGAUCCAUUUUCUAAAACUGGGAAUCUUAGAAAUCUCUUCCCAUGUGGUGACUCCAUGGUGUGCAUUAUUGAUGAUCGAGAGGAUGUUUGGAAGUUUGCACCCAAUUUGAUAACUGUAAAGAAAUAUGUAUACUUUCAGGGCAUAGGAGAUAUUAAUGCACCACCUGGAUCAAGGGAAGCUCAGAUGAAAAAGAAGGUAAAUCAUUCUUCAAAAACAACUGAAACAUCUGAUCCCCCAGUGGUACCAACAAAAGAUUCUGAAGAAGUGAAGAAUGUUACAUGUGCGGAUGAACAAAGCAAUGGGCUUGGGAAAUCUACAAAAGAAAUGUGUACUACAAAUGGUAGUAACUUUAUGAGCAGUGAAACUUCUAACUGGGGAUUGAAUUCCAAUGAUAAAUUAAAUGAUAGAGACUCCAUAAGUGAUACCAUUGAUUACAAAACAAAUGCUGCAACCAUUAAUGAUUCAACAAAUGUUAAGGAGUCUCAGAUUUCUUCAGAACUAGAUAAUCGGACAGUUACAAAGAAGCAGCAGAUCCAAGACAAGGCAACAAAUGACUUGGACUUUGAAUUAUCUAGUGAUAGUGAAAGUGACAAUGGAUUAGAUGCUAGGAAGUCCUCAUCCUCUUCCUCAGAUAGUGACAAUGAGGGUAAAAGAAGCUGGAAAAAAUCAAAGCAGCCUGUACAAGAUGAUAAUUUGCAGCAAGAAUGUUGCAUUGAUGUGAGUGUGGGGAAGGAUAGUCAAAUGAACCAUUCAGGGGAGGCAACAACUUCACCAAGUGUAUAUGCUCAUGGCAAGACAGUUGAUCUUGAAAUGCAAGAAGAAAGUGAACAGGUCAGCCUUUGUGAUUUAGGAAAUGGGUGUGCAGACAAGAAAGAAGCAGAGACAGAGUCACAGAAUAGUGAGCAGUCUGGGAUUACAAUGGGCGAAUCUUUAGAUCAGAGCAUGGAAGAAGAGGAAGAAGAGGACACAGAUGAGGAUGACCAUUUAAUAUACCUCGAAGAGAUCCUUGUUCGGGUGCACACUGAUUAUUAUACCAAGUAUGAUAAAUACCUGAAAAAGGAGAUCCAUGAAAUUCCAGACAUAAGAAAAAUAGUACCAGAAUUGAAAAGCAAGGUAUUGGCAGAUGUUACCAUUAUAUUUAGUGGACUCUAUCCAACAAAUUUCCCAAUAGAAAGAACCCGAGAACAUUACCAUGCUACAGCACUUGGAGCUAAAAUUAUAAAGAACCUAGCACUGAAUGCUGAUGAUCCUAACAAGCCAACCCAUCUGAUUGCAGCAAGGGCAGGUAAGUAUGUGGAAGAGAGGAAGGAUGUUUCUGGAAACAUAAUUGAAAGCUCCUCCUCUUGGGAGGAUAAAAAAUGGAAAUGUCAUCUUUUAUUUUUGUGUGUGUGUGUGUGUCUCUCUCCAGUAAAUCAUUCUUCAAAAACAACUGAAACAUCUGAUCCCCCAGUGGUACCAACAAAAGAUUCUGAAGAAGUGAAGAAUGUUACAUGUGCGGAUGAACAAAGCAAUGGGCUUGGGAAAUCUACAAAAGAAAUGUGUACUACAAAUGGUAGUAACUUUAUGAGCAGUGAAACUUCUAACUGGGGAUUGAAUUCCAAUGAUAAAUUAAAUGAUAGAGACUCCAUAAGUGAUACCAUUGAUUACAAAACAAAUGCUGCAACCAUUAAUGAUUCAACAAAUGUUAAGGAGUCUCAGAUUUCUUCAGAACUAGAUAAUCGGACAGUUACAAAGAAGCAGCAGAUCCAAGACAAGGCAACAAAUGACUUGGACUUUGAAUUAUCUAGUGAUAGUGAAAGUGACAAUGGAUUAGAUGCUAGGAAGUCCUCAUCCUCUUCCUCAGAUAGUGACAAUGAGGGUAAAAGAAGCUGGAAAAAAUCAAAGCAGCCUGUACAAGAUGAUAAUUUGCAGCAAGAAUGUUGCAUUGAUGUGAGUGUGGGGAAGGAUAGUCAAAUGAACCAUUCAGGGGAGGCAACAACUUCACCAAGUGUAUAUGCUCAUGGCAAGACAGUUGAUCUUGAAAUGCAAGAAGAAAGUGAACAGGUCAGCCUUUGUGAUUUAGGAAAUGGGUGUGCAGACAAGAAAGAAGCAGAGACAGAGUCACAGAAUAGUGAGCAGUCUGGGAUUACAAUGGGCGAAUCUUUAGAUCAGAGCAUGGAAGAAGAGGAAGAAGAGGACACAGAUGAGGAUGACCAUUUAAUAUACCUCGAAGAGAUCCUUGUUCGGGUGCACACUGAUUAUUAUACCAAGUAUGAUAAAUACCUGAAAAAGGAGAUCCAUGAAAUUCCAGACAUAAGAAAAAUAGUACCAGAAUUGAAAAGCAAGGUAUUGGCAGAUGUUACCAUUAUAUUUAGUGGACUCUAUCCAACAAAUUUCCCAAUAGAAAGAACCCGAGAACAUUACCAUGCUACAGCACUUGGAGCUAAAAUUAUAAAGAACCUAGCACUGAAUGCUGAUGAUCCUAACAAGCCAACCCAUCUGAUUGCAGCAAGGGCAGGCACAGAAAAAGUACGGCAAGCUCUGGACUGUAAACAUCUCCAUGUUGUAAACCCUGACUGGCUGUGGAGCUGCUUGGAGCACGAUGACUCUGUCAAAACACAAAGAGAGAACAGUCCUGCCACAUUUCCUGAUACACACAGCGCAUUCCAGACUGCUCUGUUUCACCCGACACCCAUCCAUCCAAAGUUUCAGCCAGGUCCUGAAGUUCGGCUUUAUGAUCCCAACACCGGAAAGCUAAUCAGGAAGGGCUCUCAGUCUUCUGGCCAGCCUCUGUAUAUCCAGUCUCCAGCUCCUCCCCUCACUUUACCGGUCCACGGGGAGCACUCAUCCUUCAGAGUUGUUCAACCACAUCAGCAGCAGCUGUUUGAUGAAGAGGAGUUACCAGCAAGUGAAAAUGAAGAUCAACCUGGUCCAUCCAAACGGAAACGCCAGCCAAGUAUGUCCGAGACAAUGCCACUGUACACACUAUGUAAAGAGGAUUUAGAGAGUAUGGAUAAAGAGGUUGAUGACAUCUUAGGAGAAGGCAGUGACGAUAGUGACAGCGAGAAAAAGAAGGCAGAAGAGGAAGGAGAGAAGUCACAGAGUAGUGCAACAGAAUCAAUAGGAAUGAAAAUGGAACAGAGGCCUGGAUCAUCAUCCUCAUCAUCAAGUGAAAGGAGCUUAACAGGCAGUGUACCCAGGGGUCACAAGCGCAAGCUGGAUGAAGGUGAUGCUGCCAGUGAAUCCAGUAAAGAGUCCAGCAAUGAAGAUGAGGAAGGGAGCAGUUCAGAGGCAGAUGAAAUGGCAGCAGCGCUUGAAGCCGAAUUGAAUGACUUCAUGUGACAUUCAUACGAAAGGGGAUUUCUAACUAUGUUUUACUUCUUGUGACAGAUCUAAUUUCAAAUGAGCCCCUUAUGUCAGUACUCAAGGUUUUUCCAAAAUGUGUGUGUAUAUUUUGCAAAGCAACACAAGAGGUGACACAUUAUUUUACAAAAUCAGAAAUAGAUGUUUUUAAGGUGUUUUAUUAAAGGAAAAUAUACUUUUUUAAAAGGAAAAGUAUUAAGGGGGACUUGGUGUACUAUGCCAAAGACAUGUUAUGAGCUCUGCAGAAUCUUCAUAUACCAGGACAGUAGUGCAAAGGUUUAUGAUUUAACAUACAGUAACUUUUAAAAUAUUUCAAUGUAUGGUUUUGGUAACAGGCUUCAAGAAAAGGAGGCCACAAAGAGGAUGGAGUUGCUUGAAUAAUACUGCUGGAACUUGAUGAUCUGGUCAUACUUUUUUUCCACUAUUAAAUACUAUCAAAUAUAAAAGGAUUUUUAAAAUAAAAAAGAACAAUUUAUAUUUGUAUAAAAACUGAAAAUGUAAUAUGCAAGCUUUGUGAACUCUGCACUUGACCUCCUGUCACUGGCUUCUAAGAGAAUACAGAAUGAUUGAAUUUCAUGCUCUUUAGUUACUUUGUGGACUAGUUGGAUUCUUUAGGGAGACCACUUAGAUUUUUAACUUUGCUUCUCUGUAACCUGGAAUUUUAGCACAGCAUACUGUGUGAUCCUGUACUGCCAUAAGGAGCUUAUUCACCCAUUUGUGUUGUUCUUGGAAGGAGUGUGUGCUGCUUCAUUCUAGAUAGGGUUUUAUUUCUUUGAGAGAUCUGAUGUAAAGUUUUUGUAUAUUCUAUUUCAUAUUUGACCCACAAAACAGAUUUUCUUUCAUUUAAUAAAAAUCCAUUUUGUAAA